AUGGCGGAUGACUCAAGCGACUUGCUGGAGGGCUUACACAGCCUGGACAUCACCGCUUGCAAAGAGCACAUCCGCCAGCUGCAAGCACGACGAGAGAGACGUCGUGAGCUUGUGGAGAGGUUGCAGGAAAAGCUGAAGGCCCUGAACAAUGAGUUGGCUGCGAGAAAAGAGGAGGCCGACCGCUGCAAGAAGGAUCUAUUGGAGGAGCAGGCGAAGAACCGCCGCCUUGCUGAAGCGAGGCGCGGACAGAAGACUGGAAAGGAGGUAGUACAGAUUCAAGACGACCAGCACCGAGAACAGGAGCUGGAGCUCCAGGCAGCGACUGUCCGGCGCUUCAUGGAAAGUACCCUCCAGGAGAAGGUGAAGAGAGACAGCACUCAGAAUGAGCUGGGCAUACGGAUCUACGACGAAGUUGAGCUCAUGGUGGAGAAGUCAGCAGACGAGCAAGCUCUCGAAAGCAAAUAUAUCGACACGGUGCUGGUGACCUACUGCGUCCCCAACUCCGAGCUGAAAUACAACCUCAGCUUUCGUGUGGAUAAGAACAUGACCACUAAAAAGCUGAGGGAGGAUGCUUGCUUGUAUUGGGGCUUGUCGGAGGUAGAGUUCAUCCUCAAGACCAUGAGCAACGCCAAAGUCCAUGACGAGCUUGCGAUCCAAAGCUGCUUCCGCGAGAAUGAAGAUGCUCAGUUCCUUUUGGUGCAAAAGACACCGAAGAAUGCCACGCUGAUGGACAAGGAGCUCUUGCACAUCAUGCCCAAAGCUGGCCGCAAGGCUCGGCGCGUGGCGAAACAGUCGGGCAAGCUUGGGGAGGCCAAGGGUGAGUCUGCUGCAGGUGUUGGGGGAGAGUUGGCUGAGCAGAUGCUGCUGUUGCCGGGCCUUUUCAGGUACAUGACCCAGCGGGACCAGAACGUCAAACAGCACUUAGAGAGACUGAAGUUGCGGAACCUCUGUAUCUAUCUCACGGUGCUGAUCAUGACGAUCGUGGACAUCUAUCUCCAACUUCCUCCUGGCGCUACAUACAGCUGCCGAGAAGGUGUGGUCCAGCUCAUGACCGAAGGUGAUGGGCAGGGCUUACAUUUCGAGGAGAUCCGUUCGUUGGAGGAGGUCUGGCCUUGGCUCUCUGACACGGUGGCUGACCAACUCUUGGUCAAGUCAUCACCUUUGCGCACAUACAAUUAUCCCGUGGGCUAUUUGCAGGUACGUUUGCAGGAGGUUCAGCCGCCAACGGCUGCGCGGUGUGCACAGCUGGACUCUGCUUAUGCCGUACCUGUGAAUGUGACAUGCUUUGCAACACAAUACACAGCCCUGACUGCAGAGACCAGCACUAAUGUCGAGGUGGAAGACUACUUCACCAACAGGCACAAGAAAUCAUGGGCCUUGCUUUACUUGUCACUCCUUGUUUGCGGCUGUCCGACCUUCUGUGGGUGGGCACGGUUGUCCACAAAGACAACGAAGACGAUGCUUUAUGGGGAAGGUCAGGUGCAACCGCCUGAGCUUGUGGGGAAGGGAUCAGGUGAUCCCCCAGUGGAGACCGGACGCAAUCCGCAAGCAGUAGCCUUAGACUUCAUUUGGGGCAUCGUUUUGAUUCCCGUGGGGAUCUUGGGCCUCAUCUUCUUCUAUUUGUUUGGCGGCUUCGUGAGCACCGUCUCCAAGCCACCGCCCUCAGUGCCACUCACGGAGGCCUUGAGCGCGCUGGUGUCCAUUGAGGAUGACUACGCCGCGCGUGGGCCUCGCAUGGGUCUUCGACAGCGCUUGGCACAGUGGUUCCAGUGGUCGGAGCCCCAAAGACGUUUGGACUUCGAGCUUGGAGAAGUGAAGAGCCGAUCCAGUCGGGAAGUGAUCCGGAAGCGGGGCAUGGACGCGGCUGAAGAUAUUGCUUCUGUGGUGGAAUACUUCAUUGCUGGCAAUGGCAUUGUUGAUGACUCAGGCUCUGCCAGGUUUGCAGAUCGCAUUGCCAGCGAUGAGGCCUCGAGGGGCUAUCCUGAAGCUGAGAAGUUUGCAGAGAAGGCCCUUCAUGAAGGUCGAGAGGCUUUGGAGGACGCGGUCAGCAUGUUGCAAGAAGCGCUUGAAGAAGAGUCGUGA